GCGUUAAACGCUGAGCGAUCCAGCCGCUCAGGAUGUGGAAAAUUGUGUUGUUCGUAGGCAUUGUUACAUCCGCACCCAAUGACAAUACGGCCGGUUUAAACUUUAAUCAAAUCAAUCAAUUCACGCUGGAACUAUUGAACAAUGUUUACAUGUAUCAGCAGAGUUUCGGUGAGAAUAAUGUCGCGAUAUCUCCGCUGUCAAUUUGGAGUAUAUUCUCCUUGUUGGCGGAGGGUUCCGCUGGAGAAACCUUCGCGGAAUUAAUGAGAGAACUACGACUGCCUAACGAUUUGAGGGAAACACAAAACCUUCAUUCAGCUGUCGUCAAAUUAUUGAAGAAUAAAGGUCAAGAUGUAACGCUUAAUACUCAAACGGCGAUGUUCUCUGAUCGAAACCUCAAGGUUCAUCCUGAAUUUUGUGAAUCGGCGCUCUAUUAUAGUACCGAUGUGUACUCCGUUGAUACUACCAAUACGACUAAACUGGCAAAUGAUAUAAAUUAUUAUGUAUGCGUAGCCACCGAAGGUAGGAUCCGUGAAGCGGUGAAACCAGAACUUCUUGAUGACUUGAGACUUAUAUUAGUCGAUGCUCUAUAUUUCAAGGCGAGCUGGACGAAUCCCUUCGACCCUACGCAGACUAGGGAGGAAGCCUUCUAUAACUCUCAAGGUAAAAUAAUCGGAUCAGUAAAUAUGAUGUAUCAAAAAGCGCGUCACAAUUACGGUGAAUCCAACCUGAUAAGUGCUCAAAUUUUGGAAAUGACAUAUGGUAAAUAUGAGCAGUUCUCUAUGUUAUUCCUGUUACCAUUCGAUGGAUUUUCGAUGCAAAAUAUGUUGAACGAAUUAGCGACACAGCCCUUGGACUGGAUGAAGGAGUACAAAAUGUCUGAAAAUCCACAUGAAAUAGAUUGUUACAUCCCACGUUUCAAGAUAUCGUCAAGGACAGAUUUGAUUCGUCCUUUACAAUACAGCGGUAUACAGAGAAUAUUUGAUAUGGAGAAGGCAGAAUUACCGGGCGUAUCCGAUAGUCCACUAUUUGUAUCGAAGGCCGUUCAAAACGUUGAAAUCGAAGUCACAGAAGAAGGUACGGUUGCAGCAGCGUCUACAGUUGUGGGCUUAGAAGAUAGAAUUUUAGGGCCACGCUUUGAAGCAAACAAGGAGUUUGCAUUUCUAGUCGUGGAUAGAUCGACAGAUCUAGUUUUACUGGCCGGUGUGUAUGCAGAACCAAGUGUUGAGUAAAAUGUGUUAAAUUUCGACUGCUUUUGUUGUUUUUUUUUAUUGAGGAAGUUUAUUUUAAGGUUAAAUUAAGUGUGUGAGCCAGAGUUACCAAAAAAUAUGAAUUUGAGACAAUACGAAAUGUUUUAAUAAAAAACAAUACUAAAAGCUACAUUAUUUCUAACGGUAAAAUGAAACGACUCAUGCGAUAAUGUUAGCAGAAAUAAUAAAAUAAUUACUAUGUAA